AUGACAUCACAACCGCCAAAGAGAGGCGUGGAUAUUAACAAAUGGCUUGAUAGUUGGCUCGAUCUCUGGCAACAAGCCGUAACUCUCAAGCUCCACACCGACGAUGCCCAACGAGACUUCCUGAUUGCAACCUCCGAUCUCCUGCCUGUAUGGCACGAGAUGCGCUUCCAAGAGAUCGUUAUGCAGAAGACAAAAACCUGGGAAGUCCGAGACCUUGUGGAGAAUUUCCGUGGCUGUUACGCUGAGCGGAAGCCAAAGCCGUUGGCAAACCUAUCCCGUGGAGCAUUCUCCACGUUUCAUGGCUUUGAUGAAGCUGGCAACGAGCUUGGCCAGCAGCAGCAAGAUCCCUCGCAGAAUCAACAACAACAGCCUCGGAAAAGAGCCUUUAAGGACCGUUGGUGCCCCUGCGGCAACCGGAGGCACAAGCCACAGACUUGCUACGCCCUUAACAAGGCUAUUCGCCCGCAGAACUGGGCUCUCCGUGAAGAAACAAGGAGGAGAAUCGAGGAGAAAUUCAAUGCCGAGCCAAAGUGGAAGGAAUGGAUUGAUCAAAAGAUCAAGGAACACAAUGCCAACAACCCGCAGGAGAAGCCCGCUACAGUACAGCCCUCGGCGAACAGCACAAUCGCUACCACCAUGGCAUCAAGCCUCGGGUGGGCCAUGAACACAGUCGGCAUUCGCUUCCCAGACACGAUCAUCAUCUCAAAAAGCACGGCAAAUAGCACCACUGCCGGUGACCUGUUGAAAAGCCGUUGGACUCUUGACUGUGCCUCCUCCUACCAUGUCUGUAACCGCCGUGACCUGUUUACCAUGUUCCAACCUAUCUCCACCACUGUCAAAACCCGAGAUACCUAUUCUAAGGUUGAAGGCAUCGGAAAUGCUGUCAUGCAGGUUGCAGACCCGGUCAGCGGAAGCCCAAUUAAUUUGACCAUGAUCGAUGCAGUUUACUGCCCUGGCUUCCACACGAACCUCGUUUCCCUCGGUACAAUCAAGGAGAGAGGAUUCUGCUGGGAUAUGGACAAGGACGUCAUCCUGGCACCUGAUAGCACUGCCAUCGCGAGUUUGACCUAUAUCCCUGCGAGCAAACUAUGGCUAUUCGAUCAACCUGUAGCUAUUUUCUUACGAACAGGCCAUCUCCACUUCCAUCCACUCGAAUGGUAUAAUAGUAUCUCUAAGCAUAUCCGCGACAUUUAA